AUCUUUAAUAAUUAGAUGGAAAUGUUUAUUUCGUUUUAUCGUUAUUAUAACAACUGCAUCUUUGUAGUCUUUGGAAAAUUUUCACUAUGCCAGUACAAUUUAAAAAAAAAUGUUACUUUUCUCCAUUUUUUUGAAAAGAUAUCGUAUCAAGGACUUAAUACUCGUAGUUUGCGGGAAUUUUCUAUUCUUCUGUUUUUAACGAUUUUUUUUUUGUCGGUUAAGGUCGAUUCUAGACUCACGUUGAUGUCACUCAGAUGUUUUGGCGCGGACAACACACUAACGGUAGAGGCUGAAUUUUGUACGAAAAAAAUUGACCUAAAGGUGUUUAAACAGACCCUGAUGUAAUCAAUUAAAUAAAUCCAGUUCAUUAGAUAAGCUAUAAAAGCUGAGUCAAGGAAUUUUAUUUUGUAGUUAUGAUUAACCCUAUAAGUUAAAAUAAAGAUAAAAAUGGAUUAUUAAUCUACAAGUGAAGUCCACACCAAGUUUAAUACGCAAACUGUUCAGUACUAAUUCGAAAAGUUACGCGCUGUAAAUAAUGUCCUCAACCUGGCGUUUGAGGUCUUCUUGGAAGCAUUUUUCGCACCCAUGUGCAUCUCUGCUGCCAAUACUGUCAAACAAACGUCAUUUUGAAACUUAUUUUUUGAUAGUCUGUGCAAAAAUUCAACAGUAGACCCCUGUAGAUGAGAAAAAAUGUGACCAAGUUAAUAUUAUAAUGUCCUGUCCCAUGACACAAGAUUGUGGAGGAGAGUUUUGCAAUAGAAACACUUGCAGAAGAUACAGAAAUUUACAGGAGACACCAGUCAGAGACGCUCCGGUACAGUUUUCUGCACCAGGUGGUGUUCCUGCGCUUCCAGGUGGACAAGACGGAGAGUGGGAUCUCCAAUAUUGUCAGUGGUCUGGGUGGACAUGGGUAAAAAAAUCCGAUAAGGACGCAACUCAUCAACCCGUCACACCAAAUAAUCGACAAGUGCAAACGACGCCACGACCUGCCAAAAGCACCGAGCAGCUGAAGGCGGAAGAAAAAAAAAAGGGCGGCGGCGGCGGCUGCUUUCGCUGUUUUAAGAAAAAGAAACCACCACCCCCCUCGCCACGAAAGGUUUCUUCGGCGAAGAGUGUGGCAGAAGUACCACCAAAAAAGUCGGAAACCAAUAUGAGGGAGCCUGAAGAUCAGUUUGACGGUUGUUGCUGCUGCUGCUGUUGCUGCAUGGACUACGAACCGUGUUGUUGUUCUUGCGGUCAGGUGUGUUGUCCUUGUAUGCAGGAGCAAAUUUGCUGCUGUUGCCACUCGGGCCAGAAGAAGACAGAAUCGAGGUGUGCGUGUACGCAGACUGUAAAGGAAGUGAAAGAACAGUCUACCAAAAUUAGCGAGAUGCGCAUACCGAAACCUCAGCCGAAAGUUUGCAGUUGUAAUAAAAGAAGAAAGUGUAGGUGUCGAAGACCGGUCUGUUGUAACUGUGUACGGAAUACUUGCCCUUGCGUUCAGCCGAUGUGUUGUAGUUGCAAGCGUGACCAAACCAAAAAUAAACAGAUAACUACAUCUGGAAGUAAACAGUCCAUUAACUCUCCGGCAGGAGGUAGCAAAGCGUUGACCGAAGAAGACAGCGAUAAAUCAAACCAAAAAUACCAGUUCGAUAAUGAGCCUUUAAUUAACUACUGCUUGAAUCGUCACCCACGAAAACCCACUGCUAUCGACUUCUUGAACCUAACAUCCAACAAUUUCUCCACUUUACACAAGAGCUUCGACAUUUUACUUAAAAAUAACAUCAAUAUCAUGAGUCUGUUUGAUGACAAGAAAGAGCUACGACGUGAAGGCAAUUCAGAUAGUUGUUACCCUUCUAACCACACCAUAGCGUGUGUAUCUUCUGACAACAUAAAAAAAAACUCCGACACUGAACACUGCAAACUGUUAACAGCAGUAUGUGAUGCUAUACUGUCGAGCCAUAAAUUCGACAACGAAAGGUACGAUUCUUCGCCUCACCACCCAAAGUACGUCCAGAAACGCUGCGAUAGAAAAGAUUCUCAAAACUCCUUCAACAUAUUUUCUAGUCGAGGUUUCUUGCAAAAAAUUUUAAGCGAACUGAAUUUUCCAACCGUAACGAGAAGUGGCAACGACGUCAACAUCCACAGAGAAAUGGGUGUCCAGGCCGGUAAUAAUUCGUCAAAGAAAUCUGAAAUGGUGCAGACAAAAAGGUCUUUGACGAAACUAAUAAGAACCAAAAGCAGGGUUCUAACGGCUCCGCGGUUUCCCAAAAAGGUCGAGAAUUUAAAAAGAAGCAUCGACUUACUAAAAUUAGAAGGUUAUGACGUUAAAACCCUCAAGAAAAGCUUGUUGGAGAUAAAAUCUAAAGCAAGCAAAGCAAAAAAGGACGAAAAUAAAAUUAACUUCUUUAAGAAUACCGAAGACGUUGACAACAAAGUGGAAUCGUCGCUUCAUAAUAGAGAGGACACGUCUUCUAAAGAUAUAAACGAAACUCCUUCGAGACUAGAAAGGAUUGAACAACUGUUGAACACUAUCGAAUAUAUAACUGGCUCGACGGGCGAGUGUUUCAGAGAAGAUGAUGAUAAUUUUGGCAAUACUUUGGAUUCUUUGCUGCAGAAUUCACACAAUGGCCAUUUACUGGAAACGACGUCACCACCACUUACUGAUACAGAAUUCCCUUUUAACGCUGACGAAGGAAAAAUGACAAAUGAAGAGAAAGCAGGGAAAAGAAGCUCUACACUGCUUGAUGUGUCUUAGAUUUGUGGAUGUUGUAAUGUAGUGUUGAAGUCUUAAUGCAACAUGUUGUAUCUAAUUAAUUUAAUGCUUUAUUUUUGGUUUCAUCCAGGGAAAUGGGAUCUCUACUACAGCAUUUCUGUGUCUAGUGGCGUUUUCAUUUCACCCAGUUUUGUUAAACAACUUCCUUACGACUUUGGUUCCGGCUUUAACUACUUGCGGAAAUACUCCACUUAAAAUUCGAAAAAAAGGUACCCCACUCUACAAAGGCAGAAAAAUGUGUAGCUUCGUGCUUAAUCAAACGAGGUGGUGAUCUUCACUGUGUAACCGACGAAUUCAAACACCACAGGGAAAUACAUAAAUAAAACACCAUUAAAUUUAUACUACCUACUUUUAUUAAACACU